AUGCCUUCUUUCAAAAGACUUAUUGCUAAAUUCAACAAAAAAGUCAUUACUCGAUCUGUUCCUGUUGAAGAAUUUAACUAUGAGGAUGUGGAAGAACCUUCUGGUUCAACCGGCAUUAAAGAAGAUUUUGAACCUUCCUCAAUGCAAGUUGAACAAGAGAAUCCUUCUGUUGCGAAUCUGUUGGAUAGCAAGGUGAGAAUGGAAGAUUUUCCUCUCAUUAACGUCUGUUUGAUGGAGGAUGUCUUCUAUUCUUCAGACAAUCGAAGGCUUUAUUGCUUCAAGGAGGCGAUAAAGCGAGGGUUGGAUGUUGACAGGAUACCU